AUGGUACAGAUCAAAUGGUCCAACAGGUUUCGUACUGGUCGGUUCGGCAAUCGCAAUCGAUCUUGCAAGAUCACCGUGGAUGGGACCGAUUGCCCCAUCAACCAGCCAACACCAUUCUGCAAGAGUUGGUUCAGCCACAAGUUUGAGGGCCCUGGUCUCCGGUAUGAGGUGGGUGUGUGUAUUCAGACAGGUGACAUUGUUUGGAUCAAUGGUCCCUUCCGGUGUGGAGCUUGGCCGGAUUUGAAGAUCUUCAAGCGUGAUCUGGUGCAUCAGCUGGCUCCCCAUGAGUUUGUGGAGGCUGAUGGCGGCUACCUGCACCCACGUGUCCGCACACCCAACAAGUUUGUGUCAUGGUCUGACAAGCGGGCCAAGGAUGAUGCCCGCCACCGGCAUGAGGGCAUCAACUCAAUGCUGAAGAGCUUUGGCGUCCUGAACUUUUGGUUCAGGCACGACCUCUGGCUCCACAAGCAUUGUUUUGGUGCCUGUGCCGUCGUCACCCAGCUUGGGAUUGAUGACGGCAGCAUCCACCCCUGGCAAGUUCGGUAUUGA